AUGAGCUCCUACUUCACGUCCGUGGUUCCACCACGCAUGAUAUACCAGACAAAACGCAUGGCGUAUCGAAUCCGCAGCGCCUUCGAGAAAUCCCUGAAUUCCUCAAACUGGAUUGGCCGCGAUAUUCGUGAUGAACUUAUCAACAAGUUGAUCGACAUGACCUUCUACGUGGGAAGUCAAGGACAGCGAUCAGAUCCAGCAUUCGUCGAAGAGAUUUACCGGCCUUAUCCAGACGCACCACAGGAACCUUUUUUCCCCACGUGGAUGAAGGUGCUGUCUUUAUCUUCUCACUAUACUUGGACUGACCAAAAUGCUUUGCUGUACAACGAGGCUGCACCCAACGGUUUCUACAUAAUACCCUACAACGAUAUUGUCGUAUCCCCAGGCAUAAUGCAGAGUCCAUUCUUGUAUUUGGACGGGCCAAUCGCCCUCAAUUACGGUGGGCUUGGAAUGCUGUCCUUGAGCGGCCAGCACGAAACCUUGAACGACACGGUGGACUCGGAGAAUCUGGCUGACCUUGUGGGGACCAUGGUUGCGUAUGCUGCCUACUCGUCGUUGCCCCAAAAGUACAAGGACUUGGCGACGAGAGCCCGUCACGCUGUGCUCAACGACAUCAUCGACUCGGAGAACUUGGCCGAUUUUGUUGGCACCGCAGUUUCUUACGCGGCCUUCACUUCCUUACCGCUUGUUCAAUGGGAUGUGACGCUUCCGGGCAUCAACCUUACUGCCGAGCAUCUCUUCUUUAUUGGCUAUUGCAUCAAGGUGUGCGUGAGCCGGUAUGUGGUUAACGAAAAGUACACCCCAGACCCCUCCCGCUGCAUUGUGCCAAUAAUGAACAUGGCCGAAUUCUCAGAUGCUUUCGAAUGUGCACCAGGCUCUCGCAUGGACCCGUCUAAGAAGUGCGCCUUCUGGCCAUGA